GUUCAACGUUGACUUUAAUACUAUUUUAUGUUUUAUUAACAAUUUAAAUUGAAUAUUAGUUUAACUGAAUGGCUGAUUGUGAUACCUAAUAGAUUUUAACCUAAGAAAAUGGAAUCAUGGAAGGUCAUGUGUACGUGUAGAUCGUGCUGUGUUGUGAAGUGAAAGGGAGAGUUGUGAAGUAUGAAGAUACGGGUGUACAAUGUCGUCCACGGGGAGCGGAUAUCACUGCAUCUUCCCCUGCUGGUAGGGGAGAUUGAUGGUUCAAUAGAGGAUGGGAGCAUUGAAGUUCGAAAUACCAGUAGGCACGAGGGGGUAGCCACAGUAUGGCCAGUAAUCGAAGGUGCUUUCAAAGGUCUUGUUAGGCUUAUUCCAGGAGCAAAUCAUAUACAAAUGACUCACUGUGAUGAAAUUUUAACUCUUACACUUGUGUUCACAUUCCCACAUUUUAAAUACUUUGUUCGCCCUGUAUAUAUAGUUCUGUCUGGCGAUGAUGGGUACUUCCAAGGCCCAGAGGAGGAGGACUGUACAGUGGACAGUGCUUUAGAGAGAAUAAAACUCGGUGCUAUGUUGAUACAGACCUUCACUGCCGAGAAAAUGAAAGAGCACGGUUUUGGACGGGUGUCAUUCCAACUAGAAGUAGAUGCUAACUAUGAACCAGUCUGCCAUGUAUUCCAUAGCAAACUCACUCUGGAAGAAGCUCACUGUAUGACAGGCAAUGACCUGUGGACAUAUUUUGCACGAGAAUUGAUGAUUUCAUCAAAUUUUGUGGACAAAGAGAUUUGCAAGUGGUACUGUUUCAUGUCAUUUACAAGAUAUUCACCACCAUCAGAUAUCACUCCCAGCACCCAUAGUGAAAUUCUCAAGUACACGAAAGGGCAUACAGCAUUGGGUGGAGGGGGUUUGGCAUUGUUUGGCACUGGAAACUUGCACACGUGGGCUGCCAGCAUAGGUGAGGUAAACAAGAGGUUUACGGACACACGUCGGAUUGACCGCACCAAGUUCAUGGAUGAUAGUGCAUACCGAGAGUUCUACUGGGCCAAUUAUGCAACAGGGCUAGGGGCCUCUCUCCAUGAACUUGGGCACACAUUUGACCUUGCCCAUACACCCUCAGGAAUCAUGGCCAGGGGAUUUGAUGACCUUCACAAGGUCUUUAUUGUCCAGAGGUCAAGGGGUAAUGGGUCAUCAGAUCACAUACAUGAAAGAUCGUCUAGUGAAACUAGGUCAACUACCUCAUCAAGCAGUGAAAGCUUGUCAAAUCAGGGUUAUAACAGAGAGGUCAAGGUCAAGGACAUCAAUGCCAGAAGAUACAAGGAUGUCUGCUAUGGAAGUCCAUUCAGGAAGCCCGCAUCAAGACGUAACAGUGGCAGUGGGAACGUGUACAUCGCCCCACCCCCUAUGGUGUUCCGUAUUGAGCCUAAUUUCCGGCCUGUGUCCCUGCAGCAGACUGUCAGCAUCAGUGUACACAACUAUGAUGGGAGCAAGACACACCAGACCAUCACUAAGGACAGUUGCUAUGAGACAGUAACUGAAGUGACACUGGGAGAGUCGGGGCAGCUACUGGCAAAAAGUUGUAAAAGAGAGCGUCACCACAGUAGCGAGUCUACCACCAGCGUGCAGUCUUCCUCCUAUAGUUCUGCGUCUCCCAGCCGUGUGAUCCCCUCCAACCUUCCAAACUCACCCUCGGGCACAGAGGUGAAUGUCCCUGCAUUCCAGUUUAUAGAUGAUGGUGCCCACUGGUAUCGGGCUUCAGCAGUUCUGCUCAGAUUUCAUAGAUGGUUCAAUAACUACAAUGUGCCAGAGUCGAGGAAACAUAUGAGCCUGUCAGGAUCUCGUAUCAAAUCAAGUUACGGUUUCCGAUUGGUUGAGUUGCGUAGUGACCCAGAGGGUGUGGUCUUCCACCAUUGGGAGUUCCUGUCUGAGACGCCACCCACAGAAUUUACGCUGAAAACAUCGCGCCUGAAAAACGUGCCAAAAGAUGCCAAAACUGUCUCCAUUCUCGCUGAGGAUAAUGUCGGGAACGUGUUUAAGAAGAGGGUCGACCUAGAAGUGUUUGAGAGAUGAUUGUUGAUGGUUUUAUAAAGGAUUGAACAAAAUAAGCAAUAUUUUCAAUGUUUUUAUUGUUAAGAUUUAGGCUAACAUACGGCAAAAUACAUUUGUAUCAUCUUACAUCAUUGGUUAAAUCACAUUGCGUUGAUCCAAUCAGAGCACUAGAUAGACAUAAACAUAGUCUUAACUCUACAUUGGUCUUGCGGGCUAAAUGUGUGGGACAAGUUUUUUCUUUACUCGAUAUAUUGUCUAUAUAGACUAGAUGAAUAUAAAUAUUAUGAUUAUACACUUCAUGAGAGUGUCUUAAUCUUCUGAAUUGCUGAGUUGUCAUGUUUUCACCUCAGAAGCUACAUUAUUUUUAAGUUUCGAAUUUCUUUUUUAACAACACACAAAGAGAAUGGCUGUUUGUACAAACUAUAUUAAAUAUCUCGUUUUGGUACUAUUAAAAUUUGAUGAAAUUUAAAAAGAUGUUCUAAGAUUUCUUUUCUUUCAAUUAUAUAUGGAACAUAACAAACUAAGUUUUAUAUUUAUAUUGAAGUAUAAACUUCAAUUAUGUUGAAAUCAAAUAUGAAUGUUUUGGUACAGUUUUUUUCUCAGGAUAUUUUAAUGGCCCGUACCACCUGAUAUUGGAGGAGGUUUUUCGCACAAUGGCACAAUUAUAAAUGAUUUGUUUGGCAUUUCCUUACUCACAUUUUUAGGUUUAGCUAGGUAGGUUUUUCCGGAAUUUGAAUUUAAAAUGUUAAAUACAACCAACGGAGGUGGGGUGAAAAAGCUUUCGAUCCACGGGUAUUUUUGUGAGUUGAGAAAUGCCAAACUAUGUAUAAGUAUGGCCACAAUCAUGUUCAUAUUUUACAGCUAGCUCAUUGCCAAUGAUAUUGUAUACUUUUUACAAGUACCUUUUGACUUACAUUUCUAUUUUUGAAAUGCUUUUUGAUGACAAUGGCAGGCCAGUGUCUGUGUUAAGAGUGGGAAAGUAGAUUUGAAAAUUUAUGGUAGAAGUUCUCAUAUUAAGAAACUGAAGCUUCAUCUGAACUUUCUAUUCACAUGAGUAAUAUGAAGGGGCUUAGAAAGAAACAACUCGUGCAUUAUGAUCUUAAUUAUGACAAAAAUGUGUACAAUGGAUUGGACUUUCUUCCAGAUUAAUAGUGCAUGUUUGAUAACUGAGUUCAACAUCAAACUUUUUCAACUCUUCAUCAAUCUCAAAUCUGCUUUCGCAUUGUUAGUUAAAGCUCAUUUUGUGUUUUAACCCCAAGAUUUAACAAAGUAAUGAGAAUUUGGGUUGUAUAUUUUUGCUAAAGUUUUAUUUAUAUAUUUAUCUUAUAUGUAUAUGACUUUUGCUUGUUGUUCAUUUUGUAAUCAAUUUUCCAUUUGACACUGGAUUUUGAUAUACCUUGUCUAAGUUGUUAAAUAGUUCUUAAAGAAAAUUGUUAGUGGAGUCGAAAAUGAGCGAAUGAGUUCUUCUUUUAAGCAUAGUGAUUUAUUUGUUGGUUGUUAUAAACAUUGUGCAGUGAAGGUGCAAUAUGACUUGUUUAUUAUAUUCUUUUCCAGUGGUUUAUAAAGAUUUAUCAGUGAAAUACUGAUUUAAUUUGAUAAUUUUUACUUCUUUUCCAAAUUUUAACCCAACCAAAUAAAACACAAGCACCCAUGGGGUAGUGUCACAAUUUUUAUGAUAUUAUUUCUAAAAUAACACUAAAUUCAAAAACUGUUUGGCAUCAUUUUCUGAAAAUCCUUAAUUAACUUUCAUUUUAUAUUGUUCAUGGGCAUAUAAGAAGAAGAAAAAUUUGUUUGUUCCAGUAUAAUAUUAUAGCUAAUUUUAUUUCAUGAAUGCUUCAUAUUAAGAUAGGUUUCGGUACUUACUCUGUGAAAUAAAAUGAGAUCUUAACCUUAAACAAACAACUAUCCACUAUACAAGUAUAUUGUAUUGUACGAAAACAGUCACAUAUGAUGAAAACUGAGUCAUUUUUGAAAGGCACUAGUAUAGCUUACUGUAUAAUCUUUGUAAGUUAACUGUGUGUCUGUAAUCACCAUGCUAUGCCAUUUACUGUAAGUUAGGUAAUAAGCACUUGUAUUUGUUUUCAGCAUUCAUUCCAGACUUCCAUGACACUAUGUUGAGGCUUUUAUAAAUCGUGUCUCAACAUUUACAUGGAAAAAUUCUGAAACAAGUCAGAAAUGGUGCCCGGCUAUCGUGUUUAAGAUUUCAGAGAUGCAUCUCAGCUUUGACUAGAUGCUUGGCCAAAAGUUCUUUAUGCUUUUUUGUUAUUUGUAGUGUUUAGGUACAGCAAAAAAAAAAAUGCACCACUUAUUAAACAUUUUAUACAUUUAUGUUAUACAGAUAUAAAUGUGUCUUAGUAAGUUACAGAUUUCAAGAAUAUAUAUAGUGUCUUAGUAAGUUACAGAUUUCAAGAAUAUAUAUAGAUAAGAUAGCAUUGUUUAAUAGGGAUUGAGUCUCUUUUAGGUGCUUGAAAAUCUGCUUAUAAUACAAGUUUAGCUGGUGCUGCAUUAGAAUAGUAAUAUUAGUCUGUUUAUGCCUUUUCUGCUGACUUAGGCCGGUAUCCACGUGCAUGCUAUCUGCGUAAGUUUAUACCUUACCAGUUUAGUAUUGUUGUGUCUAUUUCAUGUUGAUGCAUUUGAACGGCGUGUGCUAAAAUAACUUGGUGAGUGAUUUCAACAGACACAUUUAAUUUGGCUUGAAAAAUAUAGAGAAACAGUGGGCAGAAAAAUAUUUUGUGAACAACGAACAAACAUGCAGAAAAGGAUUGUCAUAAAACAAAAAUAUUUAGAAUGAAACUUUUUAUUCUACAAUUGUUCUUCAGUUUGAAUGUUUUUCUACAUGGAAAUGAAAUAUUUUAUUGAACACUUUUUUAUGUUUAACUUUUUAACUAUCAGAGGAUAUUUUUACGAAUAAAAACAAUUUUAUUAUUCUUAUUUUCUGACACAUGGAAUAUGGUUUCCAUUUUAAGGUGUGGAUGCAGAAGACACAUUGAGACAGCAUGCAUGUGGAAUAUCGGGGUAACCUUCACCAAACUGGCAUUAGCUUUGAUCAUACAUUAUGUCAAAUCACAAUUAGGCAGGCAUAUCUUGCAUUUCAUGUUUCAUUAGAAAUGAAAAUUAUUUGGAUUACUUUAAUACCAUAAGUAGGAUUUCAAUAGAUCAAUGUUGAUAUUUUUCGCAGUUUAAAUUUUCCUUUGUAAGAACUGUUAAAUUUCAGAGCAAUUGAAUGUUGUGACAUGAAUAAAUAAGCUUUUAUUUGAUUUCAAAAGUGUCAUAAAGCCUAGCAACAUUUAUUAUACAAUAUAAGGCUUUAAAAAGUAUUUUUAAUUCUUGUUGGUGUUUUUAUUACAGAAAAGUUAUAAAUUGCAAUAUUUCUUCAUGGUGGUUCAUUUGAAUACUGGUCAUAUUAUGAAUGUCUGUUGUUUAAUUAAGGUACUGUUGAUUAGUUGUUAUCUUUUUGCAUUCAAAUGUCAUACUAGUCAUUAGAGACGUUCAUAUCAUUUGUGUUGGCUUUAUCCAAACUGCAAUAUAUUGUGGUUGUAUUUGCUUUAUAUAUUGUAUCUAGCUUGAUAAGAUGGUCUCAUAUCAGUGUGCAGUUGUGAAAAAUAUUGACAUUGUUUUGUGCAACUUGUGCAUGUUUUGUUUUUUUCGAUUAAUUUGUUUGCAGCAAUUAAUUUACUCUGGCAGCAUAAUUUACAUGUAUGUGAUUGUACAAAAACUAAAUAAGUGGUUUUGAGGCAUCUUGCCUUAUAUAUUGUGCAUGUUUCUGCUGUUGUAGUUUUUGGCUGUAUAAUCAAUACAUAUACAGUUAUACUACCAAAGUCAAAAAAUUAUGUUGUGUUUCUAUGCCAAACAUUUACCCAUUGUGCAGAUGUACUCACGUGAGCAAAUUUGACCCUGGGGUGUUUUUGGGGUGCUGUUAUAUGGCAAUGGAGAAAAUUGAUUUUUUUUUUCAAGAGAAUGCCAGUAGUUUGUGUCAAAAAGUACUUAAGACAUAAUGAUAAAGCUUAUAUGACUAACACAGGAUAUCAAUAUCUGUAAUAAAUACCACUAUAUUAUCAUGUAACAGUAAUUUCAGAAAAAUCUGCAUCUUUCAAAGAAAAUCAAGUUGUCAUACUCUUAGAAAACAUUUAAACGGUAAGAUUUCAUGUUUGUUUCAUUUAAAUAAAAAUAGAAUCAAUAAUCUGUUUAAAUUUAGUAACUUCCAAGUAUCACCUGAAAUAGGAUUGCAAUAGAGUUUAGUAAAAUGUACAUAAGUUUAGAACUCCAUCUGGAUGGGGGGGGAUGUUGAAUAACUCGAGUCGUUUGCCAAAAUCGGAUAGGCAUUCUUUCUGCAUGCACACAUUUUGCAUUAGAAGCCAAUAAUCAAUCAGCUUACUCUGCAAAUCUCUUCAAAUAUCAUUACCUAUAUUGGCAUUAUAUAAUUACAAUACAUUGUUUAUGAAAUAUACUGGGCAGUCAAAGUAUACUGGGCGGAGUGGAAACUUAAUAUGCCUUGUACAUGUAUUUAUUUAUACAUUAUAUUCAUCGACAGUCCACACCAAUUUUAUGUUUUGUUCUACAGAUUUUAGCGGACAACAGUUAGUGAGAGCGAGUCAAAUAAAAACAUUUCUGGCCAUGCCAUUUUUUCUCAUUAAUUUAGAACAAUAAAUAUGAUUUUAAGCAAACAAACACCCCACAAACUUCAAUUUGUAUAAAAGGAGGUGUCUGCGAGACAUUUAAAUAACAUGUUAUUGCGUUUAUUCGAGGCAAAAUGUCCUGACAAGAACACUUUUUUGUCAUUUUUCUAUUUAUUUUUUGUGAAAAGCAGUCGCAUAAGAAAGUGUAACUAAUUUUUGGGCAUUUUCAUUCAUGGAAUGAAACAUAAAUUUUGUGUGGCUAAGUGUUACUUUAUAAUAUGUCUCAUAGAGAUUUAUAUAAAAUGCUAAGCUUGACAUUUGUUUUACAUUCCUUGGUAUAAUAGAAUGUAGAAAUGAUAUAAACCUUUUGUAAUCUACUCUAUAUACAUGUGAUGUCUGUUACUGGGUAUUUAAUUGUUUCUUAUGUACAUGUUUUAUCAGAUUUAUAAGUGUUUGAUCUCCCAUUAUGUCACUGUGUUGUUUAAUCUGUCAUGGCUUUGUUAUUCUAAGAUAUCUUUCCACUCCACAAACUACAAAAAUAAUUUUGAUAAAUAAUUGACCUAUUUUCAGAUUAACAAAAGAUACAUGUUCUGCUGUGUAAACAUUUUGUUGAAUCUUAUUUUACUGCCAUGAUGUGGAUUUGUGAUAUUUUUCGACAUGGUACCUACAUGUUUAUCAUGUGUUGUAUGUUUUAUUGUAGAGUUUAUCAUAUUUUAGUGUACUGUUUCAUAUAGAAUCAUUAAUAAUAAAUAGUUUUCCAUUGUU